UAUUUCUUCCCUUGUGCUGUGGCUAUCCACUUUUUUUCCCUCUCUCUCUUUCCUUCCCUCUUUCUCCGAUCCGCCAUAGUUGUCACCGCAGAUUCAGAAUCUCUCUCUCUCUCUCUCUCUCUCUCUCUCUCUCUGUGAACUGUGAUGGCGGAGACCUCGGCGGCUUUGUGCUUCACGACGUUCUUCUCUUCGUUCCCGUCCACCUCUCGCACCGAAGAAGUCCCUCCUCCCAUUCGGAGACUCCCAUCUCUCCGCCACAACCCGCCGCUUCAGCCCUCUCGCGUCCUCCGGUUCGCGGCGAGAGCUUCUUCGUCUUCUUCCGAUCCCGGAAACUUCCUCGGCGACGACUCCUUUGGUUUCUUCCCCUGGGCCGACGGCGAUGCUGGUAGGCUUCGAGAUUCUCCUCAAUUAUCCUUGAUUACCCGAUUAUUUGAGUCUGAUUUCGUGGGCAGUCCGUUGGAUAUUGUAAAUAUUCAAUGGGUUCCUGAGGAGAGAGUAACAUUGUUCACUGCUGAUGGACUCAUUCAGAUCGGAGGUUCUAUGGUUCCUCGACGUGUUAAUUCUGAUAAGAGGCAAGGUAGAUCAAACACUUCUCAGAAAUUCCAACGCUUUCAAGAAAGUGAUUACAUGAAUCCAGAGCAAGGCCUGUGUCUGGGCGCUUUAUUUGAUAUUGCGGCUACCAAUGGUCUUGAUAUGGGCAGAAGGCUUUGCAUCUUGGGUUUCUGUCGUUCCAUUGAAAUGUUAAGUGAUGUUGUUGAAGAUGCUGUUCUUGAAGACGGUGGAGAGGUUGUCGCGGCAGAAAAGGCAAUCAAAGGAGGUUUGCAUGAGAAAUUGACGAUGACCGUCGCGGUCCCCUUGCUUUGGGGAGUUCCUCCCGCUUCUGAAAGGCUUCACCUUGCAGUUCGGAGCGGUGGAGGGAUCGUCGAGAAGGUUUUUUGGCAGUGGGAUUUCUGCUGAAGGAUUAGGGAAGUACCCCACAGUGGUUUAACCCAAUUGGUGCAAUUGUACAUAACCGUGUUGUAUAUCUGUACAAAAUUCAAUUCUCAGUCACAUUACAUCACUCUCUCAGAUAAGAAAAUGAUUUGCCUGAUUGGUCCA